GCGUGUAUACUCGCAUCGACUAGUAUACACGUGUUCGUUACGUAGUGUGUGUAUCGCAUAGGAAUGAGCUGUGCUGCAAUAAAAAUACAGCUGCAGAAUUCUCCGUUCGUCUCGACCAACCACUCACCAUAAAUCUUUUUACGGGCAUAAAUUCACGUGCCGUGGCCGCUAAGUAAAUUUCUUUAUAUAAGAUAAGGCCUCGAUUUUUUACUGCUCUUAAUUGACGGAUUAUUCCCAAUGCGUCCUCUCGAGCAGACCUCUUCCUUUUCUGAAAUCGAUUAUUUUUAUUCGAGUGAUGAAGAAAUCGUUUCAUUUUUGGGUAAAUUGACAACGGAAUCGGAUCUGCCGUAUAAUGUGGUAGCAGAUUCAAGCCCUUACCAGCGACCACCCUCCGAUUUACCAGAAGGAAUUUGGUACUUAGUUCACCCAAACGAGAAAAAAGAAUCCGUUUAUGGAUUUUGGAAAGCCAAAGAAGAAGCUCGUGAGAUUUAUUCGAACUCGGUUUUCAUUGGUUGGAAAACCACACUCGAAUACUUCGAAGGCCAAAUCCCUCAUGGAAAAAGAACUGAUUGGCUUAUGCAAGAGUAUGCAAUAGCACAAAAUAAAACUCGCGAUAAAGACGAACAAAAGGAGUCGAAAUUGCUAUGCAGAGUGUUCUUCUGCGGUGGGCCCAGUUCUGAAAUUGAAUCCAUGGAAAUGAAUAAUUUUGAAGUGGGAGAAUUUUCGGAGGUAGCUGUUGAUGAAGAAUCGAACCUUCUAGAAUGUCUCUUUACGGGCGACUUCUUGGAGUUGAAUGACUUAAUCGACCCUCAGUUACAUUAUUCGAGUUCUUGGAAUUCGACUUGUAGCAAAUGGUCCGAUGAAUAUUUCGACUCAUCGGCUUUCUUGAGGGCAUUUGAGGAAGAGGAGAGUAACUAUAUGCGGGGCCUGCAAUUGAGUCCGAGUUACCGUUUUACUAAUCCAAACGACACGGUUUUUCACCAUGUUGUAUCGAGGUCUCGGUCGAGUGGUUCUAUGAAAAGUGAAGUGGAUGAAAUGUCAAAAGACGAAAAAGGGCAAGACAACACUUCAACAAGAAGGCACAACUCGAAGGGCAAGGAGACGAAUGGUGAGCCUAGCGAAGAAACGAAGGCUGGUUCGAGCAGGAUGAAAAAACUCAAGACGUAUUUCUGCUUUGCUUCGUUUUGAAACGGAACUUUUUCGUAGUAUUAUUUAUUGCCCGUCUAGUUAUGUUCGAUAGGCAUUCAGUUUUAUGGCGUAGUCUAAACGAAGAAGUAUCCGAUUUCCUUUUCUUUUUUAUUUUAUGUUUUGAGAGUUCGAGUAAUAGUUUUGUUUUGGUUGGUCUCAAGAAGAGAGUAGGAGAAACCUCGGGGGAUUUUCUUACAUUUUUAUUGGAUUUGUGAUGUAAUAAUACUCUCCUGCGUUUCUUUUGAAAUGUCUCACUUUAUAUUUUUUAAUUUUAAAGAUAUAA